AUGCUCAGAGAAGAAGCCAAAGGUAAUGAACACUUUGCUCUAAUCUUUGCUGCAUUCUCUAUCGGCCUCAUUGUUCUCAUCUUUGCACUUCGUGGACAAAGAAAACGGAUUUAUGAAGAGAAUAUGUUCAAGCAACGUGUACUUCUCAGUCAGAUGUUUGAUAUGUAUAUGAUAAGAACGGAAACCAUUCGAAUUCGCAAGGAACAACUCGAUGCUCAUCGUCAGGUUUUGAAUUCUGGGAAGAUUGAGGACAAGUGA